CUCACUGAAGUACCGUAAUUUGUUCUUUUUUUUUGUAAUUGUGUAUAGUUAUUACAUUGUAUUUCGGCUUCCAAGUAUCAAAAUUAUACUCACCUACCGUGCCUUACGCGAGAACUGUCAUUGUUGUUCAAGUCUCGUCUCCUUCAAUCAGCAGCAGUGGCUGUACGGCGAGGGGCAGGUAGUGUCUGUCGGCAGGUGAGUCGUGCGUUCGUGCUGGCCGUGGGAUCAAGAAAGUGGGGCUACAAAGUAGUGGUUGGCCCCUCUUCAGCUGCGUGACAUGUUUAACACGACCUCAACUAUCCUGUAACUGAGUCUGCGUACGCUUGUACGAUCGCUGCACAGUCUUGUUUACGCACUACACGGCUACAGUGGGGUGCAGCUUCGCCUACUUACCACGGACGACGUCAUGUUCUUGUCGCCUGCAAAUCUCAGCCGAAAACGGCUUCCACGCAUGCAGGGCAUGGCAGCGGGGCAUGAAAGCAGUGGUCGGGUGCGACUACGUCGGUGGCUCAACCAGAGCCUGCGGGUGGAGAUGAGUGAUGGCCGCACCCUGGUGGGCAGCUUCCUCUGCACCGACCGAGACCAGAACAUCAUCCUCGGCUCUUGCUCCGAGUACCUUCAGCCAGACAGCAGCGGCAGCACUGUGGAACCACGCAUUCUAGGUUUGGCAAUGGUCCCCGGCCAGCACAUCAUCUCAGUGCAUGUGGACGGACAGUGCAGUGCAUAGGGAGGACUAUCGUGUUCUACACUGUUGCUUGACUGAAAUUAUGUGAUAAAGCUGCUUCUGUUAUUUUAUAUGACUGAUUUUGAUGUGUUACAGAUUUAUGUUUGAUACACACACAACCAGAAUGAAAUUUUAAACUAUAGAA